CAAGCCAAUGGGCUUUGACCAGCGACACCUGUAAUUUACACGCACCUGUUCACGAGCGGCCAAGGGAAAUUUGCGCACCGACAGAGACGGAGCAGACUGUCUUGUAGUGAGAAAUGAGAUGAGGAUUUAUCCUUUAAGAGUUGGCAUUUUUCUGGUUUGUGCUUGUUUCCUGUCAGUGUCCUGGAUCAAAUCCUACGGGAGUGAUGAUUCAAGGAUGCCGGAGCUGCAUUCGCUGUACAGGCGCCUGUUAGUUGCUGAGGAGUUAGGGGUGCAGGUCAGAAAUGACCUCAGCAUCAUUCUGGAACAUCUGGUCAACAAGUCCAAAGGGGAAAAUGCCACCUUCUCUUAUGUCAACGCAACAGAAACCAUCCCUCAAGCAACAGAGACACUCAAGCAGCUGAAGAUCCAGCUGGACCAUCGGACGUUCUACCUGCCCAACAUUUACCAGUACCUGCCCCACCUGAGGGAGCAUGUGGACAGCCUGGUUCCCAACGUGCUGCUGGGGCGGGGGCGCCAUGGAGUGUCUCUGGUUCUGGGCAUCCCCACUGUCAAGCGUGAGAAGCAGAGCUACCUGGUCAACACGCUCAGCUCUCUGCUCUUCAGCCUGACCGCCAGCGAGAAGGAGGAUCUCCUCAUCAUCGUCUUCGUAGCUGAGACAGAUUCAGAUUAUGUGAACAGCGUGGCAAAGACCAUCAAUGACAAUUUUUCCAAAGAGGUGGAGGCCGGCCUGCUGGAGGUGGUUUCUCCUUCCCAGCAUUACUACCCCGACUUCAGCACCAUCAAGGAAACCUUCGGAGACUCCAAAGAGAGAGUCAAAUGGAGAGCCAAGCAGAAUCUGGACUUCAGCUUCCUCAUGCUCUACGCUCAAGACAAAGGAGAUUAUUAUGUUCAGUUAGAAGACGAUGUUGUGGCAAAGGAUGGUUACUAUAGCGACAUGAAGACGUACACCAUCAGGGAGGCGUCAGAGGAUUGGCUCUACUUGGAGUUUUCGCAGCUUGGGUUUAUCGGAAAGCUGUUCCGGACCCGGGACCUGCCCAUGAUCGCAGAGUUCUUCCUGAUGUUCCACAGAGACAAACCUGUCGACUGGUUACUGGACCACAUUCUGUGGGUGAAAGCCUGCCAUCCGGAGAAGGACAAAAAAGACUGUGACGCUCAGAAGGCUUUGCUGAAGCAGAGAUACAAGCCGUCGCUCUUCCAGCAUGUGGGCCUCCACUCCUCUCUGCCUGGGAAAAUACAAAAUCUGAAGGAUAAAGACUUCAUGAAGCAGACCCUCCACAAAGCCCACGUUAACCCCCCCGCAGAGCUGACCUCCAGCCUGAAACAUUACAAGCAGCACAGCCUGGACCGGCUCUACCAAGGCCAGGACUUCUUCUGGGCUUUAACGCCCGUCAAGGGCGAUUACGUCUUCAUCAACUUCACCAAACCAAUCCACGUUUCUGGGUUCCUAUUUCGCAGUGGAAACAUCGAGACGAGUGCAGAUAAAUUCUACAACACCACGGUGGAAGUGCAGCCUGCCAACGGUUUAAUAAAAGACAAACUGCUUCCUAAAUACAAGAAAUCGGACAAGGGCUUCUUCAUUAUAGGUGCGUUUGUCAAUGGAGUAGCUGAAGGUGAAAUCGAAGAAACGCUGCAGCCAGUUUCAGCCCUGCGCCUGGUGUUUCAGUCGGACUCUGACCUUUGGGCUCUGCUCAGUGAGGUUCACAUAAAAGUUUGAGGAAACUCCUCUCGCUCCCCCUAAAGGACAAAGACUUCAAAGCCCAAGUGCCUUCAUCGGCAGACACGUCUGAAGAAGAUGAAGGGGUUAAAUUAUUCUGUGGAAAGAACCUGGCACAUCUCUGCUGCUACUCCGUAUAGAUGGAACUCUGGUUUGCACUAAAGACUGUUUUUUUGUACAAAUAAAGAAAAUGUGUCAUCACAUGAUCCAGAAA